ACCAUAGCCGCCAGUUUCUCUAAAACCAUUUCUCUACCUCCCUCGCCCACAUUCUCUAAAAAAACCUGUUACUUUAACUUCUUCUGAUGCCUUCAUUUGUUCUCUCAAUGAGAGAGGGCAAAUAUGGAGAAGGCAAAUAUGUUUAUUUGUCGACUACCCACAACAGAGAAAGAUGGCUUCUCACCGGCGCGAAGGAAGAUGGGACCACGACGAAAGGGCCCUUGCGAUGGAGGGAGGCGCGAUCGAGCAUCUGACGUUGGAGAAGGUAGAUAUGUUCAUUGGACUUUAUACUGCUGGCAAUUUGGUCCAGUACUGUUUGGUUUUACUCGAAACUGGAUUGUAUAACUCGGACCGGGAUCGGACUGGGACCGGAUAGUAAACAAUCCAAUCUCAUAUUCGGGCUUAGAUUUGAGAUAAAAAAACCCAGAUAAAGACCGGAUAAGAGACCCCAACACUCAAAUCCCCACAAGCUCAAUCUAAAAUCAAAAUCAAAUUGGGACCGGACCGGGUCAAGACCGGAGUGUAUCUAAUCCAAUCUUUGGUUCUUAUAUUCCCGAAAAGACCGAACUGGAACCGGAUCAAUUUGAUCCAAUUUAACCAGACCGGACCGUAUAGCCACCCUUAUCGUCCUACAACGGAGAAGGCAGAUCCUGGCGAGCACGGUGGGAGAUGACGCCAAGACGGAAGCGGCGGACAUAUCUAUUGCAGUUACGUAAUAGUGAUUAUGUUGAUUAUUCGUCGUAGUAAUUAUGUAGUAGUGAUUCGUAUCUAUAGACAUGUUAAAUCAGUUUUAAAAUUACAACCAAAGUCAGUACAACAGAAUUGUUAAAUCACUACUAAUUUAUCAUUUACAGUAAAAUCACUACUGACAUCACACUACUAGAGUUGUUAAAUCAGUAUUAAUCUAAGUAGUAGUGAUUUUUCAGUAACAAUUAUUUCCGCAUUCGAAUUUUCUAAGUGAGAAAUUGUUAAAUCACUAUUUAUAAAUGUAUACUUUUUUAUUAAAUUAAAAUUUUAAAAAUACCAAACAUGCCCUUGUUACUCUCUAGCAUCAGAUCUUACUUAAAUAUAAUUAGGGGUGGGCAAUGGGAAAUAGGUAUACACAUACCCGUCCCGUUUUUUAAGGGUUACGGGUACCCAAAUACCAGUAAUUUUUUUACGGGAUGGGACUUGGGAUCAAAAAUUUCUACAACGAGUACCUACGGGUUACCUGUUAAUACCCGUUUGGGUCAUACGAGUACCCGAAAUACCCGUUUGUGUCACUUCUUUUUUUAAUCUACUUCGUCUUCAAUAGUGUGUGCACUGUGCAGUACAGUUUUGGUUCAUUAGUGAGAAUGGAAAGAAUUAAUCUGCUGAUUAAAUGGCUGCUUUCCACUAAUUAAUAACCUGGCAAGCAUGAUAAUUAAUGUUCUUUUCCCGUCAAAUUUUGGGUUUGGUUUUGUAUGAAAAGGAAAUUGUUUUGUCUAUUUAUGUAAUGGAAGAUUGGAUUAGUGUAUGCGGCAGAGAGGUAGAAUAGAAGGAAGGCUUUUUUUAUUUUUAUUAUUAUUUUGGUGUAUUCUGUUUCUUAAUUCAUAGAGCAAAGUUUGGAUGAUUUUUUUUUUUUAAUUAGGGGUACCCGCGGGUACUCGUUAUCCGUCCCGUACGGGUAAUGGGUACCCGUUAACACGUAUGGGUUUGGGACAUGAGAUGGAGUUUACUCUCCAAAUAGGAUGGGUACCGUUUCAAACGGGACGGGUACCCAAUCCCGUCCCGUUGCCCACCCCUAAAUAUAAUGGACAGUGAUAAGAAUGAUUAGCAUGGUGUUAACUGCUAACUCUUAUGAAGUUACCCCUCUAACUCCUCCCGUCGCCGCUCGUCAUCCUCAGUACUCAUUAUCCCCGAGGACCAUGGCCGACCACUGCUGCCUCCCCAUCCUUCCUUUACGACUUGUAGCUGAUGUUGGGAAAACUCCAACCUUGCGAACAAAUUCGAGAUUACAUCUCUCGCGUUAGCUAACUGCCCAAAACCCUCAAGCACGUCCCUUUUGCCUCCAUUCUCAUAUGUGCAUGCAAAUAGUGGAUGUGCUUCAUUGAGAUUUUGAUCUUUUUGUCGAUCCGAUGCGCAAGGUGUAGAUGGUGAAAUCUUCACGAAGCGGAUAGUGUUUUGGGGUAAGAGUUCGAGACAUUUGAUAUAUAGUUAGAAAUAAAACCCACUUACACUAAAUAUGAAUUCUCGACUAGCAAAAUCAAAAUAGAGAAAGACUCUCUUUGUGAGGUAGAGAUGUGCAUGUGCUUAAAAUCAGAACAAAAAAGCUUCACCCCGUUCAUUUUUAGACUCUCAUGCUUAGUCAACUUUUUAUGAUUGAUAAAACUAGGCCAAAUUG